CGUGAACAUCACAGUGUAUAAUAGCGCCUUCAAUAACAUUUGCGAAAUGAAUUAAAUGUUCUGAAUACAUGAUAUAAGAACUACUCCGAGCGAAGUGUGUUGUUAAGCAUCAGAGACCCUUUUCCUUUAAGACGUUUUCAUAUAAAUAGCGACUGUGUCUCCACCCAGCCGAACCAAAUUGGGCGGCAUUUUUUUCAGAGUCGAAAGUGAAAGUAGACAGACCUCAUUCUGGGCGUCCAUUUUACAUCUUCGACAUAUUUCGGCCACUAAAGACUGUGAAGACGGAUUUCAUGCCAGACUGACCUCCUCGACUUGAAUCACGCCCAAAACCAGCCUCGUCAGAAAGAAUCCACCGCCGCUUUUGUGUGUGUGGUUAUUACGUCACCUUGGAUUCACUAAAAAUACACAAUGGAUAAUCGGAUGAUUCACUUUUAUUUUCUGGCGCUUCUUUCCUCGCCUUGCUGUCUUGCUCCCGUUUCAGAGAUGUUCACUGUAUCAGUAAAGUCUCAUGUCUCAGUCCAGCGAGGCCAGACAGCCAUCUUACCCUGCUGGCUCACUUUCUCUGAGAGUGCAGAGGAUAUGGAGGUACGCUGGUAUCAAGGGAGUGAUGAGUUUGAUACUCCAGUCCUGCUUUAUCAGGCAAGAGCUUUAGACAAUUCAUCCCAGAAAGCUUCGUACGCUGGCCGAGUCUCAUUCGGCUUAAAGGAAGAAACAUCAGGUGGAUUAAAGGCAGGUGAUGUCAGCCUGAAGCUGGAAAACGUCACAAUUGAAGACGCAGGAAAAUAUAUAUGCUAUGUCAGCAGCUCUGAAGAUUAUGACAGUGCAUCUAUUAGUCUGAGUGUGACAGAAACUGGACGCUCCCCUCUCCUGUCAGCAGUGAUGAAAGACGAUAACAAAGUUAAUAUGAGCUGCCAAUCUGACGGCUGGCAUCCAAAGCCUGAGCUGAGCUGGUCAGACAGCAAAAAGGCUCUAAUCCCUUCUAAUGUGUCGUUUAGCAAAAACUCUGCUGGUUUUUAUUCUGUCCAUAGUUGGGUUCUGGUCUCCAGUCCUUCUGAGGUCUCCUGCUCUGUUGGGCUCUUCAAUGAAGCACCAAAAGUGGCCAAAAUGUGUCUGAAAAAUCCUCCACCAUUAAAAGAAGAGUCAGGAUGCUCAGCUGGAUGGGUGGCCUUUGGGAUACUUCUGGCAGCUGUAUUAGCUGCACUCGGAGCCUUGUACUUUCUGUACUUCAGGAAGAAAGUCAACAAAUCAAAAUCAGGAAAUGACGCAACUGAUGGGGCCAAAAUCACAAGCAAUCCUGAAGAGAAUGAACUACUUCUAUUAAAAACAACACAGCAGCAAGCAGUUCUAUUGGAAGGAUCCAAGAAUUAUGAGAAUGUUCAACUGGUGGACACAGGCAAUCCGCUAAUAAAAAUGAAGGAUUCUAUACUGAGAGAUAAUAUUGAUGCAAUGUUUCCUGAUGGAGACAGAGUCACCUGUCUCACUGCAGUCAGAGGAUCACCUGGUUUCUCUUCUGGACGACACUACUGGGAGGUUUCCUUACAAAAUGCAAAUGUAGGCCCCAAGAAGUCCUGGUGGAUCGGAGUUACAGAUAAACAUGAAAUCCCUCAUGAUGACAGUUUCCCUCCAACCACAAAAAAUGGUUUCUGGUUCUUGUCUUCUUGCCCCAAACAGGAGGAUACUCUUGAGUUUAGCACUGAAACAGAGACAUUCAUUUAUGUCCAGUCAAAACCAAAAACAGUCGGUGUGUAUUUGGACUUUGAUAACAGAGAGCUCUCCUUCUAUAAUGUGGAAGAAAAAUGUCUGAUUGGAUCUCUGGCAGCAAAAUUCACAGGUGAAGUGUUCCCACUUUUUAACCCUGGAAAAGGUGACAAAUCACCUAUGAAGGUAUUACAGAAACCUGUGCAGGAUCAGUCAAAUAACACUACCUGUGGAGAAAUUACAAAAGGCAGAGAAGGACCAAUCAGAUAUGACUGAGAAUCCAGAGGAAGAAAUUUAAAAGUGGUACAA